CCUUUCCUUCACCUUCCCUCCAACCCCUCCAUCUACCAUACCAAGUUCAACACUUAUCCCACGCACCUCAUCAUGCCCGGCCCUGAUCUCAAGCGCAUCCUUGCCAGGGCCACCUCUGAUGAUGAUGUUGCACUCUCUGAGACAUAUGUUUGGGACCUUGCCAGCCUCUUCUCCUACUCCCCCUCCGCCUCCCAAGCUUUUGCUCUCAGCUUCACCCGCCGGUUCGGCCGGACCAAGUCCUGGCGCGUCGCCGUCAAAUGCCUCCACCUCCUCCACCGCCUCCUCCGCACUCUCCCCUCCGACCACCCUUUCCACUCCCACCUCCUCAGGUCCCAUGCAAAUGCCAUCAUUUCCCUCAAUCCAUGCCAUUUCCGCUGCACUUCGGACGAGUUGACCAUCUUUGUCCGAUCUUACGCUCUCUUCCUUGACGAGGCUUUAUUCUGCCUCCAGGUGACUAAAGACCCUUCUCUACCUCCUCCCGAGACCUUUGCAAAGAAGGUGGAGGAGGUCGACCAGGCCGUGGAGCUCGUCUCUCAGCUCCAGGGCUUGUUAGACCGGGCGAUGGACUGCCGGCCUUUAGCCACGGCCGGGCGUAGCUCCAUCGUCCGGUCUGCCAUGAAGCAUAUCAUACGUGAUAGCUUCAUGUGGUACGCGACACUCUGGCCUAGGCUCAUGCUUGUAUUGGACAACCUCUUCCAAAUGCCUCACCGGCUUUGCAUCGCCGGGCUCGACAUCUAUACGAGCGCCGCCGAGCAAGCCGGCCGCCUCGAGGAGUACUACGAUUGGUGCAAGAGGAUGAGCCUGUGUGGGCCGUAUGAGUACCCUUUGGUGGAGAAGAUUCCUCAGAUUCAGGUCCGGGCAAUGGAAUCUUUGGUCGAGAACAUGUGGCAGCUGACGGAUUCUUCAUCGUCGUCAUCCCCGGUGACCUUCUCGUCAUCUCCGUCAACUCUAACGGUGUCGGAGAGCGGCAGUAGCAAUUGUGUAGAAACUCUGAAGAACGCUGCGAUUAACGUGGAGUGGGAGAAGUUUGAAGAGGAGGAGAAGCCAUUAAUUCAAUUUGGACAGGAGUGUGCCGACUGGGAGGAUCUAUUAGAGGCUUCAGUGGAUUGCUCUUGGACCUGGGCACCUCUGAUCUUUGAUGAACCAAAGGAGAGAUCUCAAAAUAAUGGGGACAAUGGACUUAGAAAGCAUGAGGCGAACUUGCAGGAAUACAAUCCUUUCUUAGAUCAUGCGCACCCCCAUGCAAUGUAAUUCCUUUACUACUUUUUAUUUCUUUACUAUCAAGUCUAUAGUCCAA